ACUCUUCAUGAUAAAAGUGUACAGUUCUUGGUAAAGCAAUUAUCCCUACGAUAUCAAAAUAAUAACUCAGAAGGGAAGCGAGCACGUAAUUACAUUUUAAUUUCUAAACGUUACGUUCUAAACUUACAAGACUUAAUAGGACGAGGAAAUGGACUGCAAUUACGAUUGAUUUACAUACAGAAUGACUAAGGCUUUAUCGUCUUCACCACGAUUAUUUAGUGUGCGUUAGCAUCGCACGAAGCGGUAUCGAAAGACACGGAUGCUUUUUACGUACUGUCUCUGUGAUCGAUUUGUAACGUUCCGUGUUACAUAGUAAAUAGAUACCGAUGAAACGUGCAAAUACGAUCAGCCGAUCGGUCGAAAUCUGUCUUCGUUUCAUUGGUUUGUGGCCGAAUUCGGCUUACGCAACCCUAUAUUGGAUUACUUACAUGGCGACUUUGGUAAUAAUGCAAUACUGUCAAUAUGCGUACAUAGUUGCACGUUUUGAAUUGAACAAUAUCUGGCUUCUUAUGGACUGUCUCAGCCUCACUUUGGCGUAUACUCUCGUUCUUUUCAAACUCAUCAUUCUGUGGUGGAAUCGCCGAAUAUUUCACUGCGUCGUGAAGGCAAUGGAUCAAGACUGGAAAGAGUGCACUAUGAAUGAUUCGUAUGCAUCCACGAUGAUGAGCAUGGCGGAUGUAGCACGUCGUCUUUCCAAUAUAGUAUUCACCUUCAACACUUUCGUUGCAUUUUCCCUUUCAAUCGGUGAGCAUUAUUUUCAAUCGAUGAGCAAUGCCAAUCAAAUUGACAACAGUUCUCAAGUCAGUCCUCGGGAACUCCCCAUAAAAAUGGAACUUCCUUUCGACGUCAGUAAAUCACCGAUUUUCGAGUGUUUCUUGAUCGGACAAUUCUUCUACGACACGGUGGUUGCUUGUACAGUGGGUAUGGUGAACGUAUUGCUUGUUACGCUGGUACUUCAUGUAAGCGGUCAGAUCGAUAUCAUGCAACAAAACUUAAUCGAAAUUUCCAACAAAAAAUAUGACCGUAGCAUAUUUUUAGCCGUUAUCAAAACUUUCAUUUAUAAGCAUCAAAGGAUCAUUAUUUUAUCGGAAAAUAUCGAAAAUCUAUUUACUCACAUUGCGUUGGUACAAAUUUUGUGGAACACGGUGGUCAUGUGUUGCACUGGUUUUGUGAUUAUUAUUAUGAUUGAUAAUGGCGAGGGUGUAAUAGGUUUAAUCAAGCCCGUCAGUUAUUAUUUUGCGAUAACUCUAGAAGCUUUUGUAUUUUGCUUUGCUGGAGAAUUUUUAAGUGCUAAGAGUAAAUCGAUUGGUGAAGCAAUAUAUGGAUCACUAUGGUAUAAUUUGUCACCAAGUGAUACUCGUAUUUUAAAGUUUAUAAUGCUAAGAUGUCAAAAACGAUUAACAAUCACUGCAGGAGGAGUUAUCGAUUUAACUUUGGAAGGUUUUACUAGUAUUAUGAAGGCAUCUGUUUCUUACGUAUCAGUAUUAAAUGCAAUGUACUAAAUUCUGGAGAACGUUGGAUUAUUAUACAUCUUGAACAUUUGAUCUUUAAUAUUUUCUCAAUCAAACUAAUGUUUUAUAGAUUAUUAUUGUUGGCUAACUAAAAAUAAAAGUAGAGAUAA